GCGUGUGUUAAAAUGCUGGAUUAAAAGCACCAAGAACCAACUGACCCGUGGUUGAAAGCUGAGAACGGACGGACCACCAACAGCUCCUCGCUCCUACCAGCUGGGCGAACCUAAAUACAGUACAACCUUGCGCAACCCGACGUCAGAGUUGUCGCUGCCCCACAUUCCCUCAACCCAUAUGCCUCGUCGUUCAACUCUAGAGCGCCAUCCCGGAUAUGCUGCGCCGCCAGUCUGAAUUGUUCAUGGAAUUAUAACAAUGGACCAGGCUGGCUUGAGGUGUUUCGACGCCGUCUAUGUCAAUCCCGUGGUGGGCGUCCAGAGCCCGGCAAAUCGAUUCGGAUCGGGCAGCGACCAACACGCAUCCCAUGCCCCGCCCCCAAGCGUGACAACCACAUUAACUGAAGAGUCCUGGCAGGGCUCCGACAGCGACGAGGAUGAAUUCGAGGAUGAGAUCUUCGCAGGGCAGGCUGGCUAUGCGUUCGAUUCGGGAGCUGCUUCGAGCCCGACGCGCGGAUCAACUCGAUUCGCGCGCCUGCGCACCAACCUGACUGCUCUGUCGCAAGUCUACAACCUUUAUUUCGUUGCGUACCUGGGAGUUAUACAUGUCUACAGCCCAGAAAAUGCACCGCAGGUGCUACGCAGAGCUCCGCUGCUAUGCUUGAAGCCGACGCCAUGUCCGGUCGCGGCCAUAACUCGGGGACACAUAAGCGUGCCAAUGCCGCAUCAGGUCAACAACAUGAUCACCGGCAUGCUCGGUGACUCCGAGGUCUUGCUCGCCGCAUUUGACGACGGUGAUGUCGUUGGCUACUACACGCACCAAAUUGCAGAAGCAAUUGAGCAUGCUGCCCGGCGCUCAUCAGGCAAGAAUGUGGUAGCGGCUCAGCCACCAUACGAGUUCUUCCACCGUGGUGUCGGCAAGUCUGCAUGGGGCUUGGCUGUACACGCAAAGUCUCGCCUCAUUGCAGUCAGCAGCAACACACACGAAGUGACGGUGUUUGCGCUCUCCCUACUUAAAGGAUCAGGGACGGAGCAGCAAAUGCCCCCGAAGCAUGAGCGGUGUAAUCCACCCAAGCUGGGAGGCCUUGGUCUCGAUGCGCACCAGCUCGAGUCUCACCUCAGACAAAGAACACGGGACUGGAGGAUUAUACUGCACACCCGACCCGAAAACCAGGCUAAUAUCCCCAGCAUAUCCUUUUUGGAUGACGAGAACGGGGAGGGUGACAAGAUCGUGGCAGUCGAUACUGCAGGGCACUGCUGGAUAUUUGACAUCUGGGCCUUGGGGGCCCCCAAUAUCUGUCUCUACCCCAUUGGAGCCGGUAGGCCUACGAGGCAUCCAAUAGGCUGGGGGGUCAUGACACUCCCAGAUGAGCUCUUCCAGGAGGUGGAAACGGCUACUCAGUUCACAGGACUUAAUCGAGAAGACAUAGAUGGAUUCAGUGACGUGGGAGGCCGUCAUGUGCUAGAACUCACUGCUGGUGUCGCCAAAAUACCAAGAAAUGCGGGUCGUGAUCUGCCCACCGGGAUUCAAACCUUGCGACGGACUCAGAUUAGGGAGGAUGUCCCCUUUCGAAUGCCGGAUGUGUUUCCGGACGCCUGCGAGAAAGUUCACAGCCCACUAGCCCGAGACGUUAUCAAAGAGACGAUCCGUAUGAGGGACAGUCGCUGGUACAAACUCGGGCGCGUGUUUUGUGAGGACAACCAGGAGAGGGACAAAUUGAAGCCUAUAAACAUCGAAUCGGAUCCCUUCCAGGCCGCCAUGACCAUAGUCCCAAGCUCUGCCUUGGUCUACCAGCACGAAAAUUUGAGGCCUUGCCGCUUCCUCAACAGCGUCCUAUGCAGCAUAUCCAGGAAGCAGCAUGCUGAGACCGUUUAUUACGGCAAGGAUGGCCAAAACACCCCAGCCACGCGGUGUCGAGGCCUUCUCUCAGCAAGCGUCGUCAGGCGAUUCUCGAUUCUUCGUACCACGGAUACGGAUGUCGAGCUUCACAACCUCGAUACCGAGAAGACUGAUGUGCUCUGUCGCAAAUUGCUGCCAAGUAUACCAUUAAAAACGAUCCCACACUUAUCAGAUAUGCAGUAUUCACAACGUAUUUGCAUGUUACACUGUAUACCUGAGCUGAGCUUGGUGGUGGUAGGAUCUUGCUGUGGGCGUGUUGGGUUGAUUCGCUUAACAAAGGCCCGGGGCGGCGGAGAGUUUCGACAUGGUUUCCGCACAGAGUGGAUUCUUCCACGAACUGAUGAAGAUACGCAUGCGGAGUCCAUGGUCUGGAUGGUGGGCAUGGCCGUAUCCCGCGUACCGCAACCAGGUGCAAGGGGCCUUCACCUUUUCCCACCGAGUCCCUCGGCUACGGCCGCCACCAGUCCGGGGGAGAGCCUUUUUGGUCGAGGAUACAGCAAGAGCCGACCCUACGAUACUGUCGCUCGGUGGCGGCUGCUCUUGCAUUUCAUGGAUCACACCAUACUCAGCUAUACGAUCGAAGCUUCCAAGCCGCAAGAUGAUCAGAUGGAUAUUGAAGUGAAGGUUGAGGAAGACUCGACUGCCAGCGAAUGACGAUUGGUUAUGAUUCAGUUCCCCAGUCCCUGAAUUACUACAUACAGGGUGGGCUUCAUGGGGCAUGUGGGUUAUGGCAACUUCAUCAGCGUUGUGUUUUAUACUGCAUACGGGCACUUCCGUGAUGCCUCUCUUUGUUUUGCUUACUUGAAGUAAUUAAAUAGGUAUAGCGUGGCGUUAGGGAUACCCGUACUUAAUAAUUGAAUAGCUCUUCCAGGCUGAGUUGCCCAGGCAGUUAGGUAGCAACCCAGUGUGGUGGAUUUCGCACCUGAAGGCUUGAAUGGUAGGUAGUUUUUAUUUACCAAUAUCAACAUGAUUAUCUAUUAAUCGUUACGCAG